AUUUUGGAGAUUGGUUUCCAACAAUGGUGGGAGGGCAGCACCAUCUGUUUCUUCUGGUCACGGAGAGGUCGUUCGUCUUCAUUUUUGUCUAGAUUUGCAAAGACAGGGAUGGCUGCAUCACUUGCACGAAUUAGCCGUUUUGCGCGGCCGCUGGCCACUAGGGCUGUGAGCACCAGUGCUGUUCAUAUGGACAGCGAGUCUUGGCUUAGCAAGUUGCUUGUCCGCAAAAUCGAACCCACCAAAGAAUCGCACUCGAGGAUGCUGUCGGAUAAGGAGGUCAUCUAUGAGUUGCUCACACACGAUGUCAAACCUCAACACAACGAGGAAUACUUGACAAAUUAUGAGCAAAGUGUAAAACACGUGCACAGCAAGGAUUUACAGUGUGAGUUAGUCGGCAGUUGGAAGGUGUCCGUCGGAGAUCAAGAUCAGUGUCUGCAUCUGUGGAAAUAUAGUGGUGGAUUUGCCAGCAUUGAUAAUGCCAGAAAAACUUUGUCAAACGAUAAGGAUUUCAUGGCUUUAGAGAAGGUUCGGGGAAAGAUGCUGCGAUCAAGAAAUUUGCAAUUCCUGCUCGCGUUUAGCUACUGGCCUCAAAUUCUUCCUCGCUCUGGGAACAACCUGUACGAAAUCCGGUCUUAUACACUAAAGCCUGGCACCAUGAUCGAAUGGGGCAACAACUGGGCAAGGGCCAUCAACUACAGGCGCAACAAUGACGAAGCCUACGCAGCGUUCUUCUCUCAGGUCGGACGUCUAUACAAUGUGCACCACAUUUGGUGCUACCCUGACUUGCAAGUGCGCAAGGAAACGAGAGAAGCAGCGUGGCGCAUGCCAGGCUGGGACGAAUGCGUUGCCUACACGGUACCACUGAUCAGGGAGAUGGACUCUCGCAUUCUACACCCAACUACCUUCUCCCCCACCCAGUAAUCUGCCUGACUUUUGCCAUCCGAUUCGGAACAAAGACUGCUUUGAAAUGCAUCGUCUGUCGCGCACUAUGUUUUAUUUUGAUUCUCUCUCUAAAUAUCGUUACGUUUCUUUCGAAUUCUGUGAUUAAGAUAGGGCGUCAGAGCAGUCUAUAAGUCAAAAUAUUAAAUUGCGCGCUUUUCAAAAUGUUUCUUCUGCAUCACUUUUUUUGUUAAAUUUAAAAAAAAAUACUUCCGCAAUUAUAUGUAUGCAUCAAUGUGAAUAGAUUUAAAGGGUAGGUAAUUAUUGUACAAAGUGAAGAGAAAUUGAAACCUUAAUUAAAGUUGAGAUUUUUGAAAAGAAAA